AUUGUAGACAACGCCAGUCGAUAAUAGAAAUUUGUGAUUGAUAACAGUGUGUUUAUUUGAGAUUGUAUACUUGUCAUAUAAUUUAUUCAUAAAAAUGGGGGUGAAAGGAGAAAGUAAACAAGUAUUUUUUAAAGCAAUUUUAUUGUUAUUAAUAAAUUUAUUUAUUAUUAAUGAAUCAGAAUGUGAUAACUGGUCCAAUAGUAAUAUAAACGAAGUGGGAUUUGACAAUCCUCUGUUUUGUAUGGAUAAUAAAAAAUGUAUCUCAAUCGAUCAUUGCCCCGAAAUGCUCGGCCUAAUGAAUCAGAAGGCACUUCCUGUUCACAGAUUUCGCCAACUGAUUUGCGGCUACCUUGGUACCUUUCCGAAAGUUUGUUGUGAAAUAACUAGGGAUAUAACAAAUCCAAUUUUUGAGUCACAAAAGCCAGUUUCGAAAUUGUGGCCAGACUGGAAUUGUGGAAAAAGUUUAAUUCGAAGUAACUUGGAAACAUUGGGAACUUAUCCAUUCGUAGCACGUAUUGGAUAUAUUAAUACUGCGACUGAAGAAACUAAAUAUCCUUGCAGUGGUUCAAUAUUAAAUGAUAGAACUAUCCUGACAACAGCAACUUGUGCAUUGGCCACUACAGAUACGUAUAAAUUGAACUCCGUUCUUGUAGGAGACUUUAAUUCUCAAACAGAUCCAGAUUGCAAUAUUCUUUUCUGUGGUCUUCCUGCGCAAACGCAUGAAAUAUCUUACGUAGUCAAACAUCCGGAAUUUGAUGCACAAACUUUUCGGAAUAACGUAGCUCUAUUACGACUGAAAAGUUCCAUGAACUUUACUGUUACAACGCAGCCUAUUUGUAUUUCAACGGAUCAAGAAUAUUAUAAUAUCGGAAGAACUGCAAAUUUAAUUGGAUGGGGUAAAAUGUCUAAUGAGAAAGAGAAAGAAUUAGAGCAACAACGUCUAACUAUGAAACUGUUAGCCAAAGAGGAUUGUUCUAAUUAUCUAAAGCGUGGAUUGUCAGUAGAAUUAUGCGCAUUAGGAGAACAAGAACCCUGCUCUGGAUAUAGUGGUAGUCCUUUAGUACAAAAACACGGAAAUACAUAUAUUCUGGUAGGUAUGUUAUCGUACGGCUCUGACUGUAACAAACAGAAUUUGCCAUCCGCUUUUACAAACGUGCAAGGAUAUGCAAGUUGGAUUAUGGAAAACGCAUAAUGAAAAAAUUUUAAUUUGAUAUUACUAGUAGAUAAUUUUAUUUACAUAAAAAUAUAUUCAAUAGAAA